UCACCUUACUUUUUGGACACAGUAGUAUUUCUCCAAGUACAACCUCAGCAUUCGGGUGUAAAAAGUCAAAAUGAAAUUACCAACCAUUGGACAUUUCUGUUGCUGUGUUGACUUGAUAACUGCUGGUAAAAUCAUUGGUUGGCUGGGAAUCGUAAGUGGAGUCCUUUCAAUCAUUGGCGGUUUUAAACGCCUCGAAUUGUUUUUAGACGCUGAUGUUAGUAUAGCACUUAGUGCUUGUUGGCUCUAUGGAAUCGAAAAAUCUCGACCAAGCUAUCUGCUCCCGACAGUGUUACUAACAACGAUUGGUGUUGUGAGUCUUUACAUUUUUGAUGUUCUGUUUUUGCCUUUUGCUGUAUAUAUAGCAGCAACUUCUGAAAAGCCCAUAAAGUUCGAAAGCAUACGACUAGCUUCCAUUGUACUCUUUGUCAUCCUCAUGACAAUGCUAGCUACGUACUUUUGGGUUGUCACUAACUCUGUCUACGCAGCUGUGAAAGAACGUUCUCAAAAACUGCCAACCGUUUACCACGGCGUUUCUCGAGGUGUCUCUCAUGGUACCUCCAAAGUUCCGGCUUAAUUUUUGGUCCACCACUGACUGAUAACAUCAUCCAAAUCAAUCAACGUCUUUACAACUGUCAUGUUCAUCGGUGAAAUGGACAAUUGAAUAUGUUGAAUCUUUCAAAAUCGCAAUGAAAUAUAAUAUUGUAUGCUGCUAUCAUGGCUUCCGAAAAUUUCAAGUUCCAAGUAGA